UAAAAACGUUGUUAGGUCUUAACAGUUGAGAUGCGUAUUAAGGCUAGGCAAGAAAAAACUGGUUGGGUUGCAGCACCUGCAUCUGCAUCUUCUUUGGUAUCAUCGCCAUUGAUAUAUCUUGCCAGACCUUGCAUUUGUUUCUCCGCCCCUUCUCUUUUUUCUCCCUGAUUCUAUUCUAUUUAUACACACAUUGCCCGAUUCUCUCCUUUCACUCAAUCUCCAAUUUUGCUCUCGUUCAUACGCACCCUUCACCGAGGAGUACAUGGCUGCCAUCUUGCAAUCUGUUGGAGUCACGUCGGCUUCUUUUCAGCUCCCGGAUCACUCCAAUAAAUCGCCUGCCUUUCCCGUUUGUUCCCUCCCAGUGAUUAGAUCUGAGAAAAGCUCGAGUUUUGAUCCGAUUCGUGGAAUUGGGAAGGCGAGAAAGGCGGUUACCAAAGCAGUUACGGCACAGGCUGAAAAUUCUGCUUCAGCAGCUUCGAAACCAGGGCAUGAACUCUUGCUAUUUGAAGCCCUGAGAGAAGGGUUGGAGGAAGAAAUGGACAGAGAUGUUCGAGUUUGUGUCAUGGGUGAAGACGUAGGCCAUUAUGGAGGUUCGUACAAGGUCACCAAAGGCCUUGCGGAGAAAUAUGGAGAUCUGAGGGUGCUCGACACGCCCAUUGCUGAAAAUUCUUUCACAGGCAUGGCCAUUGGUGCAGCCAUGACUGGUCUGAGGCCAAUCGUCGAGGGCAUGAACAUGGGAUUUCUUCUACUGGCCUUCAACCAAAUAUCCGACAACUGUGGAAUGUUGCAUUACACCUCCGGAGGGCAGUUCACGAUCCCAACUGUGAUCCGAGGGCCAGGAGGAGUCGGGCGCCAGCUCGGGGCAGAACACUCUCAGAGACUCGAGUCCUAUUUCCAGUCCAUUCCUGGAAUACAGAUGGUUGCCUGUUCGACUCCAUACAAUGCCAAAGGUCUGAUGAAAGCUGCCAUCCGUAGUGAGAACCCUGUCGUGCUGUUCGAGCACGUGCUUCUUUACAACCUCAAGGAGCGGAUUCCCGACGAGGAGUACGUGUUGUCCCUCGAAGAGGCGGAGAUGGUUAGGCCCGGGGAGCAUGUGACGAUCCUGACGUACUCGAGGAUGAGGUACCAUGUGAUGCAAGCUGCGAAAACUUUAGUCAACAAAGGUUACGAUCCUGAGGUCAUCGACAUUCGGUCUUUGAAACCCUUUGAUCUUUACACCAUCGGGAAUUCUGUGAAGAAAACGCACAAGGUGCUCAUCGUUGAGGAAUGCAUGAGAACCGGGGGCAUCGGGGCGAGCCUUACGGCUGCAAUUAAUGAGAAUUUUAACGAUUAUUUGGAUGCUCCGAUUGUUUGCCUGUCGUCGCAGGACGUGCCGACUCCUUAUGCUGGGACAUUGGAGGAGUGGACGGUCGUUCAGCCGGCGCAGAUCGUCGCUGCCGUCGAGCAGCUCUGUGGGUAGUUUUUUAGCAAUGGUUGUGGUACUUGCUUCUCCUUCGUUGCCUCUUUUACCAUUGUUUCUUAUCUCAAGCACUUUCUGUUUAGUUUUGCUGCUGCUGCUGCUGUGUUAUUCAUUGGAAUGCUUUUUCUGUUAGCUUAAUUUAAAUGGUUAUGAACAUUGGAAGAUUUAGAACACAUGUUUCUGUGUUGAUAAAUCAAGUUUUGGAUUUCCAUCCUUUUGCUAUGAUC